AUGGUAUUUUUCCUUUUGUUUUCACUUUGUACUGCAGUCGUUCACGAAUUCACACCCAAAACAUUUAAAGACCCAAAGAUUCGUGUUGUUCUUUACUACGUCGCUUAUGGUGACAACUACAAAAACUUUUUAUCAACAUAUGAAGAGAUAUCAAGGCGACUAACUAUAGAAGUUGGCAGUCUAGACUGCGAAGAAUAUGAAGACUAUUGUGAAACAAAUUCUAUACACACGUUGCCACUAUUAACAGUCAAAACAGCGACAGAAGAAUAUAUCGUGUCCAAACUCAGCACAGACUCUUUGAAACAGACUCUUGCUAAAGUGAAUAUUGAAAUGGAAGACAUCAAGCCAAUUAAUGUUAUUGAUAUGUGUAAAAAUGACGACAGUAAUGUUUUCUCCACUUUAAAGGAACCACUCUUCAUCAAGUUUUAUGCGCCGUGGUGUGGGCACUGCAGAAAAUUGAAACCGGUUUUUGAGAAUGUGUCGCGAACGUCAAAAGUGCAGUUUGCCGAAGUUAACUGCGAUGCUUGCCCGCACAUUUGCUCCAAGUUUUCUGUUUCUUCAUACCCAACUUUAUUGCUAUUCACCCCAGGAAAAGAACCAAUACCAUUCCAAGGCCAGAGGACUGAAGAAACAUUAACGAACUUUUUAACCGAGAAAACGUCAAAAAUUGAACUUUAA